AAAAAAAAAAGAAAAAAAGAAACGCAGAUCAAUAAUCCCUUUCCUUCUUCAUCUUCUUGCUUAUUAAUUUUGGUGUGUUGCGUCUUUCGUCAGAUCUGCUCCUCUUUUGGGUCACCACAGCCAUCAUCAUUACUCUCGCCCUUCCGUUUUAAAUAUCACAUAAGAUGGAUGAAAGCGGAGGUGAUAGUGGUUCAGUGGCCACGCCUGUUCAACAGCGAGCACAUGAGGCUUGGAGGAUUUAUCAGCACUAUCUUGACAAGACUACUCCUCAUGCAACUUACAGGUGGAUUGGAACUCUUGUAGUCGCUCUUAUCUACUGUCUCAGGGUUUACUACAUUCAGGGUUUCUACAUCAUUGCCUAUGGUCUUGGUAUCUACCUUCUCAAUCUGCUUAUCGGCUUCUUGUCCCCUCUUGUUGAUCCUGAGGCCGGUGGUGUCUCUGAUGGCCCUACUCUCCCUACCAGAGGUUCUGAUGAGUUCAAGCCUUUUAUUCGUCGUCUCCCCGAGUUCAAAUUCUGGUACUCCAUGACAAAGGCUUUCUGCAUAGCUUUCCUCAUGACAUUCUUCUCGGUGUUUGAUGUUCCCGUCUUUUGGCCAAUUCUGCUGUGCUAUUGGAUCGUUCUAUUUGUUCUCACCAUGAGACGCCAGAUCGCCCACAUGAUUAAAUACAAGUACAUCCCUUUCAGCUUAGGCAAACAGAAAUAUGGUGGACGCAGCAGCAGCAGCAGCAGCAGCGGCUCACGUGCGGAUUGAUCUGACCAGUUUGCUGACCAUUAGCCACCUUUUGUCUUCGCAAAAAAGAAAAGAAAACUGUUUAUGAAAAUCGUUUUGGACUAUUUUACAUUGACAAAACUAUGCAGCUAUAAGGAAGAAUUAGAGGCAGGAAAAAAAAAAAAAAAAAACAGGAUGGGAAUUAAAUUUGUUCGUGUUAGUUAGUUUAUCCAUGGGUACUACAUAAUUUGUUGCUUUACUAAUUAGGCCCCAAACUGGAAUACUUCGGCUAUGCUUGGACCGUGUUGUAGACCAUUGGACUAAACUUGCAUAACUUGCUAAA